AUGAAUUACCAGGACUACUUCCAAGGCCUUUGGAGGACCUGCGAUUUUAACAGGAUCAGAGAGAUUCCACCAGGAGCCUUUAAGAAGCAGAAGAACCUGAACACAUUAUUGUUGAACAAUAACCAAAUCAAAAGAAUACCAAGGAAAGCAUUUGAGGACCUGGACAACCUGAAAUACCUCUACCUGUAUAAGAAUAACAUCCGUGCAAUUGACAGGCAAGCAUUUAAAGGGCUUGUGUCUCUGGAGCAGCUAUACAUUCACUUCAACCACAUAGAGAUACUAGAGCCAGAAACUUUUAGCGACCUUCCCAAACUACAGAGAUUAUUUUUGCAUAAUAAUAAAGUAUCAAGAAUUCCUGCUGGAACUUUCUCUCAUCUGACUUCACUGAAAAGACUCCGUUUGGACUCCAAUGGCCUGGUUUGUGAUUGUCAGCUCAUGUGGCUGGGAGAAUUGCUCAAGAGCUAUGCCAAAAGCAGCCACACGCAGGCUGCUGCAACUUGCGAGUAUCCCAGGGCAUUACAAGGCAGAUCAGUUGUCUCGGUAACAACAGAGGAGUUUAACUGUGAGAGGCCCCGCAUUACUUCAGAGCCUCAAGAUGUGGACGUUGCCUUAGGAAAUACAGCCUAUUUUACCUGCAGAGCUGAGGGGAACCCCAAGCCUAAAAUUGUCUGGCUCCACAAUAACAAUGAAUUACACAUGAAGAAUGACAUUCGCUUGAACCUACUAGAUGAUGGCACCUUAAUGAUCCAGAACACACAGGAAUCUGACCAAGGGACAUACCAGUGCAUGGCCAAAAAUGUAGUGGGAGAAGCCACAACCCAAGGCGUUGUACUCCGAUACUUUGGCACUCCAACCAAGCCAAGUUUCGUGAUUCAGCCACAGAACACUGAGGUUCUGGUUGGAUCAAGUAUCACUCUGGAGUGCAGUGCCACUGGGCAUCCCCAGCCCCGAGUUACAUGGACUAAAGGGAAUGGAGAGCUGCUCCCCACACACUCCAGGUACAACACCACUUCUUCAGGUGGUCUGUUUAUUCGGAAUGUCACCCUCCAGGACCACGGCCAGUUCAUCUGUCAUGCCAGUAAUAAUCAAGAUUCCAUCCAGUCCUCAGCAUCCAUCAUUGUACAGGCUCCCCCUAAGUUCACGGUCACUCCCAAGGAUCAAGAAAUAAUCGAGGGCCAUACUGUUGACUUUGACUGUGCGGCCGAGGGUAAUCCAACACCAGUCAUCGCUUGGACCAAAGCAGGAGGCCAGCUCCCCAGUGACAGAAGAUAUGCAGUGUUACCCACAGGAACGCUGAGAAUUGUGGAAGUAGCCCCCCACGAUCAGGGUCAAUAUGAGUGUCAAGCUAUCAAUGUUGUUCAAGUUAAACGAGUCCGGGUGCAACUAAGAGUGCAGCCUAAAGUGAUACCAGUGUUUACUGAGGUACCACGGGAUAUCACCACAGAAGUUGGUCAGGAUGUGAAGAUAUCUUGCAGUGCUCAGGGUGAACCCCAUCCCACAAUCACCUGGAGUAAGGAUGGAGUUCAAAUUACAGAAAGUGGAAAGUUCCAUGUUAAUGCAGAGGGAACACUUGCAAUCAGGGACGUCGGGUUAGCAGACGAAGGGAGAUAUGAGUGUGCUGCACGCAACACAAUUGGCCAAGCAACCACAAAUAUGCUGCUAAAGGUGACUGUUCCACAGAGAAGUCGGACUGGUGACAACUUUGUUGAAUCUUCCAUUCGUGAAGCUAUAAAUAGCGUUGACAGCGCAAUUAACUCAACACGCAGGGAACUGUUUACCAAGCGUCCACUCAGCCCUAAUGAUUUGCUGGCUUUGUUCCGUUAUCCACGGGAUCCCUUCACUGUGGAGACAGCAAGAGCAGGAGAGAUCUUUGAACGGACCUUGCAGCUGAUUCAGAACCAUGUCAAGCAAGGCAUAACUGUAGACUUCAAAGGCAUAGACUUCCGCUACAAUGAUCUUGUUUCGCCUCACUAUCUGGACCUAAUAGCCAAUCUCUCUGGGUGUACAGCUCACAGACGGUUCCCGAAUUGUUCAGAUAUAUGUUAUCACCAAAAGUAUCGGACCCAUGACGGCACAUGUAACAAUCUCCAGCAUCCAAUGUGGGGGGCAUCACUCACAGCGUUUGAGAGAAUUCUAAAGCCAGUUUAUGAAAAUGGUUUCAGCCUCCCUAGAGGUACUGAUUCCAGCCAUUUAUACAAUGGCCAUCCCUUACCUCUCCCUCGCCUUGUUUCAACAACUAUGAUCAGGACAGAGACAAUAACUCCAGACGACAGAUUUACACACAUGCUUAUGCAGUGGGGCCAGUUCUUGGACCAUGAUCUGGAUCUAACUGUGCCAGCUCUCAGCAUGUCACGGUUUUCUGAUGGACAGUCUUGCAGUUCCAUAUGCAAUAACGAUCCCCCAUGCUUUCCAAUUAUGAUUCCAAACAAUGAUCCUCGAGUAAGGCGAGCUCGAUGCAUGUUUUUUGUUCGUUCCAGUCCAGUUUGUGGCAGUGGUAUGACUUCCUUGCUGAUGAAGUCAGUGUAUGCCAGAGAGCAGAUUAAUCAUUUAACAUCCUACAUAGAUGCAUCUAAUGUAUAUGGCACCACAGACCGGGAAUCCCUGGAAAUUAGAGACCUUACAAACCAGCGUGGUCUGUUAAAAGAAGGUGAAAUUGUGCCCGGAUCUGGCAAACGCCUGUUGCCAUUUGCCACAGAUCAAACCAUAGAAUGUUUGAGGGAUGAGAAUGAAAGCCCAAUUCCCUGCUUCCUUGCAGGUGAUCAUCGGGCCAAUGAGCAGGUUGCCCUGACAGCCAUGCAUACCUUGUGGUACCGUGAACAUAACCGCAUUGCAGCUGAACUACUGAGACUCAAUCCUCACUGGGAUGGCGACACCAUCUACCAUGAAGCACGAAAAAUUGUUGGCGCACUGAUGCAGCACGUCACAUACAAACACUGGCUCCCCAAGAUUCUGGGGAAUGUGGGAAUGAAAAUGAUGGGACCAUACACAAACUAUAAUCCAAAUGUAAAUGGAGGAAUUCUGAAUGCUUUUGCCACAGCAGCCUUUCGGUUCGGUCACACGUUGAUCAAUCCCAUUCUCCAUCGACUCAACAAUUCUUUUCAGCCAAUUCCUGAAGGUCACCUUCCUCUUCAUAAGGCUUUCUUCUCUCCCUUCAGACUUAUCCAAGAAGGGGGCAUCGAUCCACUUCUCCGGGGCCUGUUUGCCUUUGCAGGGAAAAUGCGAGUCCCCACUGAGGUGCUCAAUUCAGAACUGACAGAGAGGCUCUUUUCAAUGGCUCAUGCAGUCGCUUUGGAUCUGGCAGCAAUGAAUAUCCAGAGAGGCCGUGAUCAUGGCAUCCCUUCAUAUCCUGAUUACAGAGUUUUUUGUAACAUGAGCACUAUCAGGAACUUUGAGGACUUACAGAAUGAGAUCAAGAAUCCGAGAGUUAUAGACAAACUUAAAAGGUUAUACGGUACUCCACAGAAUAUUGAUCUGUGGCCGGCACUAAUGGUUGAAGAUAUAAUUCCUGGUACAAGAGUUGGACCCACCCUCAUGUGCUUGUUUGUAACUCAGUUCAAAAGAUUGAGAGAUGGUGACAGGUUCUGGUAUGAGAAUCCAGGGGUGUUUACCCCAGCUCAAGUAACACAGCUGAAGCAAAGUUCUCUUGCAAGAGUGCUAUGCGACAAUGGUGAUGAUAUUCAGCAAGUCCAGCCAGAUGUUUUUUUAAAAGCAGAGUACCCUCAAGGAUAUGUGAGCUGUGACGAAAUCCCGAAAAUUGAUUUACGGAUGUGGCAAGACUGCUGUGAAGAUUGUAGAACAAGAGGACGUCUUAAUCCACUUUCGCAACAGUUCCGCAACAAACGUUCAGUAGAAUUCAGCUAUCCGGGAGAUAAGCAUGCAAAGGAUGCCUCACCUAGGUCAAACAACCAACAAGGGAGGUACACUCAAGAUUUUGGUGAAUUUAUAAAUUCGACAAUCUUUCCCAAUAAUCACGAGACCCCUCAAGAUUUCAACAGUUUUGUGGCUGAUGUGCAAAACACGAUCUUCUCCCUUCGUAAUCAGAUCGACCAACUGGAGUCACGUCUGAAACAACAUGGCUGCACAGAUGAAUUGGGAAAUCACAUGAAUGAAAAUGAUCAUUGGAAAAAAGAAGACUGUACUUCCUGUUGGUGUAAGAAUGGCCAAGUUACCUGCUAUGUGGAGAAAUGCCCCCUUCUGAAGUGUACCAAAACUAUCAAAAAGAAAGGGAGAUGUUGUCCUGUCUGUACAAAGUCAAAAAGCAAAAAAUGAUCAUCUGUGCUGUUCUGAGAAAAGCUGUCUUCUGGGGGAAAGCAAAGAACAAAACAAUUCUUAGCCUUUUGCAUCACCUACUGAUGUCCAAAAACAAAGUCAGAGAAAAGAAAACUUUCUAUUCACAUUCUGGCUACUGCUGCCUUUCUGCACUCAUCCCUUUUCCAUUUUAAGCAAUGUCUCACAUGCAAGAACAUGUCAGUUUAAUCAAAGUACAAAGGUGGCCCUUGGUAAUGAAUUAUGAACUAACCUACUUGCAGUCUGAAUGUUAAGCUGUUCACACUAAAAGAGUAUAAUGAUAUCUGUAAAGACCAUUAAAAUUUAUCACUGUGUCAAGAUAUCCUUUUAUGUUAAAACAUAUUACAUAGAUAACACAGUUAGGAUUGCAUUUUUUAUUAAGUUAUUAUUUGAAACAGUGAUAAAUAUUAUGGUAAAGUUAACUGAGAAGUGAUUAUAUUGUCUUUGUGUACACUGUCCAGAGACUAACCAUUUGGUAUUUUCCAUCUGUGUGGUCAGAAUAUUGUUCAUGAGGAAGCUUCAAAAGCCAUGAUGGUAAUGGUGUAACGAUCCAUUGCCUUCAUUCUACCAAAUGUACCUCACACCUGCACGAAACCAGGAAUGUACUGUGCAAAAAUAUGGUGCUGAUCAUUUUGCCUCAAAAGUGAAUUAUUGUCAGGUUAUAUUUUUGUUUCUAAUUUUAUAAAGGUUUUGUAUCAAUUCAACUAUAGUACCAAAUAUAACGCUGAUUUGAUGUAACAUUUGCGAUGUCAGUUAUAAAGCCUAGUAUUAAAGUAAUUAAAUACCAGGCUUUACAUUAUCAUUUUAAGCAUUGUACAGAGAAUUUUUUAAAAAAUGAUUAAAACACAUUUCAUGAACACUAUGAAUGUUUUAUGUGACAUCAUAUGCUUUGAUAAAUGGUGCUGCACAUGGUGAAACUUACAACUAUACAGAUGCAGUUCUUUCUUGAAGAAUAAUUGAUAUUAUUUAAAAAGAUUGCAAGUUUGCAGGCAAAUUGUUAUCAGUGACCUUAAUACUUUAAUAAUUUUCAUUCUUGUUAAAUGUAUUUCACUGCUCAUAUUUAUACACUAGAUUUGACAAUUUUAGUGCAUUCAUUAAAGUAGAAAUAUAAAGAUUAUAUUUAUCUUUAUAUAUUCAUGUGACUUUUUUUAAAUAGUAAUUUUAUUUAUAUUAAUGCACCUGACAAAAUAAAAGCCUAACCUGGAUCUGAUAAAAUCUUAUCAGGUAUUGACAUCACUGUUUUGAAUGCCCACGUUUGCCAAUGCAGUUUCUUUUUAAUUAAUGUCAUUAUUAUUCAGGAAUGAUACUGACUAUGGAAAGCUUUAGCUUCAAUAUACAAUGUUAACCAAGCAAUAAAUAUUAAGCAGGUGAACUCCCCUAUUCUUCAUAAUGGGGCCAUCUUUUCUAAUAUAUCCACUUGUUUUUGUGCUCAAAUCUCUGGAGUAGGACUUGAAACCACAAUCUUCUGACUCAGAGAUGAGAAUGCUACCUGCAAGUCACAGCUGAUACCUUUUAACUUUCCUUUUAGACUUUUUUGCUUAUCGAAAAUAGCCCUCGCUUCUCAAGUUUCUACUUAUCAUAAGGGGAAGCUAGAAAGGGAGAAAGGAAAGAAGGUUAUGUUAAUUGGAUUGGAUGAAGUAGAUGGGUGAAUGGAGGCUAAUGUGAACUAUAAGCAUUGACACUGAGCAGCUGGCUUUUUUUCUCUUCUGCUAUUCUGUGUAACAACAUUCAUCGAAAUGUUUCUUGUUUAUGUAAUGUACAAGCCUUCUGCAUACCAGCUAUGGCUUUAGUGUACAACAAAAUGUACUGUAGAUUUUAAACAACUUUCUUAUAAAGUUACAAUGACACCACGAUGCUGAUGUUGUCUCUGAAAAUUAUAUUUGGUCUGAGUACAUUUCAGUGAUUACAUUUUGU